GUGUUUGUGAGUAAACAGGUAAGUGAAACUACUUAAACUACGACAUGUACCAUGACGUAAUUUCACAGGAAAUCACAGGACAUGCGCUUUUACAAACUCACUCGACAGACGCUCAACACUUCAGCGUAAGGAGGGCAAUAUGAGAGAUUUAUACAGUUUCAUUAUUUGGAUAUUAUCCUACCAAAUAAUAACUGGACAAGAUCCUCCUCGUGAACAAUACAACAUAUCUUGUCAUAAAGUUCGUGAAACCUGUAUGCAAGAUCCUUCCAAAAGUGUUCCACGGUGUAUAGAGAAUUAUAUGAGACGAUGCUCUAUGAUUCGGACCCGGACUCCAGUGGAGGGCUAUUAUACACGGGACAUGUCUGACUCAAGGCCAAUGUUGGAAACUGAAGAAGGAAUCAUAGUUCACAUCUCCUCUGAGGCCUUACAGAAGAGCAGGACUAAGGAGAAAAUGAAUUCAAACUUGAUAGUGUCACUUGUGAACAAAACCUUCUUUGUGACAAACUCAAGCCCUGAAGUUGUUUAUGGGGACAAUGUGUUGGGAGUCUGGCUUGGAGUGAAAGAAAUAAGCAACCUUUCUGAGCCCGUUCAGCUCCGGUUCAUUAACAGCAAUCAGAAUGAAAAUGUAAGCUGCGUCUACUGGCAUCUUGAUCAAAAUGGCAAUGGUUACUGGAGUACUGAAGGUUGCAGCACGAACGUGACGAACAAUGAAUUUGUGUGCAGUUGUAAUCACAUCAGCUUUUUUGCGGUGCUUAUUAAUCCUAAAAUUCCUGAAGAGAUCCAUAUUGUCCGCCUCAACUACAUUUCUUACGUCGGCUCAGCCCUUUCGAUAGUGUUUACGGCCACCGUUGUGAUCAUGUUUCUUUGUCAGAGGAAGAAGCAUUCUGAGAAUUCAAUAAUUAUACAUGCACAGCUGGCAGGCUCCUUGUUCUUACUGCACGUCUUGUUCUUGUGCAGCGUCUGGUUUUCGGACCGGAGUGAUCAAGUUUGCACAACGUUAGGUCUUUUACUGCACUGGUGUCUCUUGGCCACGUUCUCAUGGACGGCCAUCGAGGGCUUUCACCUGUACCUGCUGCUGGUGCGGGUCUUCAACAUUUACUUCAAGAGAUACAUGCUUAAAAUAAGUCUUGUGGCCUGGGGUGUACCCACGGUUACAGUGAUGAUAUGCGGUAUCAUUGGCAAAUACACAUCAGUUUAUGGUAAAUAUGCUAUUCAUGAAGAAAAGGAAAAGUCAUCGAACACAUCUAUAUGCUGGAUAACCACACAGACUGUGAUAAGCUACAUUACAGUAAAUGGUUAUCUUGGCCUGGUGAUGCUCUUUAACACGGUUAUGUUGGCGGUGGUGCUAGUAAAGAUGCAUAAGUUAAGAUCGCAGGAUGUUCAGAUUAAGCUCAAUAAGAAGCGGCUUUGGAAAGAUUGGGUUUCUCUGCUCGGCCUCUGCUGUGUUCUGGGAGUCCCGUGGUCGCUGGCCUUCUUCACCCGCGUCCCUUUAAAUCUCCCUGUACUUUAUAUGUUCACCGUUCUCAACAGUUUUCAGGGUGUUUUUCUGUUCCUGUGGUUUUUGACACUUACGUGUAAAGCAAGAAAAGAGGAAUUUGUCCCAUCAAAGGGCACGCUUAACGUCAGUUUCCAGAGUACUGAAGAACACAUAACCACUAAUGUUGUUAGUAAUAUGAUUCAGAAGAAAUAAUAUACAAAUGUGUGAACAUAAAACCCUACUAUCAUAGUCUUGCUUCUGUUUGCCUGUUUUUGUCCUCGUGUUUUGCCUUUUGAUCAUUUUCAGUUUCAUUUUCUUCACCAGUUCUCCUUUAGUUUAAUCAUGCUAUGUUGUCAUCACCUUUGUCUUUUAGUCGUGGUCUGAUCUUCUUAAUGUUAUGUGUGAAUAUCUUUGUUGUUUUGGUAUCAAAGUUUAUCAUUACUCCUUGUUUCCUUUGUCCUCCUGCACGCCUGAUUGUGACACUUACAUCUUCGGUUGAGUUUAUUUCUGUAUUUUAUUAAUUAGAUAAGUACUGUAUAGGUGUCGUAAACAGGGCACCACAUCCCCUAGGGAUUUUUUUUUUUUUUAAGUUAUUUACUAUUAAUAAAUCAACAAUAACCAUAUUGACUAUAGUAAAUUCAUGAAAAGGUGUUUAAGUGUUAUGUAGCUGCACUGUAAAAAGUGAAAGCUGCUCUAUUUUAAAAACUUAUUUUAAUACAUUUUCAACUUAAAUGUUUCACUUAAAUUGAGAAUAUUCACUUAAAAAAAUUACUUCAAUGCCUAAAAAUUUGAAUAUUUUAAGUUGAUCCAACUUUUACUUUUUACUAUGUAUGUUUCAUUGGUUUGCGCACACUCUUAAAACUGUUGGUUUUGUACCUUUUAGGCUCAACGCUGCAAAAAUAACCAAGCAUUUUUAGACUGCUCCUGAUUAUAUUUUUGUACAUAUAUUUUGACCUUAUGUAUUCAUUGUGUAAAAUCAAUGUAAAAUGUAAAACAAAUAACAAAACACUAAAAUACAUCUGAGUUUGAUUAAGUUGAUUUACGUUUAUACAUCUAAACUUGCUCUGGGGUUUCUGUCAGCCGAACUCCCUUGAUCUAAAUUACUUUAUUUUCAUCCGUUUUUAAGUUUUUAUAUUGUAGUAUUUUACAUAGUUAUUGUUAUGUUAUUGUACAUUCAUCUGGUAAUUUUCUUUUAUUGGUACACGUAUCUGUCCAUUUUGCAUAAGUUUUUUUGAUACAUUGUAGUGUAAAAUAUUUAAUAAAAUAAUAUUUUUUGUUAUAUUUAAUAAAUGUUUAAUGAUUUUUUUAUUUUUAUUUACAUGAUAAUUUUUUUUCAUCAAUUCACGAACGCCUGCAAUUCCGAAGCCAACCACCAGGGUUCGCGAACCCCCGGUUAUGAACCUGCUAUAUAAUACAGUUGAUAUAAUCUAGAUACAGUUAUAGUAUGUGAAGCAUUUGUUUUAGGUUUAGUACAGUAACAAAGUUUCAGAGUUCAAACGUUUUUGAAAAAAUGCUUAGGCCUACUGUGUUUUACGGGUUAGAAAUCUGCUUUUAUAUUUUAAAUGAAUUAAUUAAUUUUUAAGUAAAUAUGAUUUAAUAGCACAUUUGCAUGUUUAACUUCGAAAAAGUCAUUUUCAUCAGUUUUUAAGUUUUCAUCGGUAAUAUUUUACAUGUUAUAAUUACCUGUUGUUGUAUCUUAAUCUGGUAAUUUUUUAUUGGUACACGUAUCUGUCCAUUUUGCAU